GGGUGGGGGGGGGGACGGAGAGCGGCUUCGCUCGUAGAGGGAAGGAAGAGAGGGGGGGAACAGACUACCCCCCCCGCCGACCGGCCAGCGAAACCGCCCCGGCGGGAGCGAGCGAGCGAGCGGGGCCCGCGGCGCUGCGCCCAGCCAUGGACAAUCAGUGCACAGUUCAAGUGAAAUUGGAGCUGGGGCACCGAGCCCAACUGCGGAAAAAGCCCACCACUGAAGGGUUUACUCAUGACUGGAUGGUGUUUGUCCGUGGCCCGGAGCAAUGUGACAUCCAGCAUUUUGUGGAAAGGGUGGUCUUUCGGCUACAUGAGAGCUUCCCAAAACCCAAGCGAGUGUGCAAGGAGCCCCCUUACAAAGUGGAGGAGUCUGGCUACGCAGGCUUCAUUAUGCCUAUUGAAGUGCACUUCAAAAAUAAGGAGGAGCCAAAAAAGGUUUGUUUCACAUACGACCUGUUCUUAAAUUUGGAGGGGAAUCCACCUGUGAACCACCUUCGUUGUGAGAAACUGACUUUCAACAACCCCACCAAGGAAUUCAGACGCAAACUCAUUAAGGCUGGAGGGGUAAUGGUAAUGCCAGAAGGAGCAGAAACUGUUUCAAGGCCAAGUCCUGAUUAUCCGAUGUUACCCACAAUACCGCUUUCUGCCUUCUCUGAUCCCAAAAAGACCAAACCAUCCCAUGGGUCAAAGGAUGCAAACAAGGAAAGCAGCAAGGCAUCCAAGCCACACAAAGUAACCAAGGAGCACAGAGAAAGGCCAAGAAAAGACUCUGAGAGCAAAAACUCCUCCAAAGACCUUGAAAGAGAACAGAACAAGCCUUUGAAGGACUCCUCCAGAAAACCAACUGAGAACAAACUGCCUAAGGAGGAGAAGGCACCUCCAAAAGCUGCUUUCAAGGAACCAAAACUGGCCGUGAAGGAGACCAAACUGGAGAACACUUCUCCAAAGGGUGGGCCGCAGCCGGAGUUAAAGUCUUCCAGCAAGAGGCCCUCCAAUGUGGAGUCACCAAAGCCUAGUGCCAAAAAACAAAAAAAGAGUAGCUCCAAAGGGGUAAAGAAUAUCCUUGGGACAUCUCCCAGAACCUCGUCUUCCUCAUAUCCAGAGAAGAAACAAACCAAGGAGAUGAAGAAUGCCAAAGUGGAAAAGGUAAAAUCAGAAAGUGAGGCCAAGGAGAUCAAAAAGCCUGUGGAAAUGGAGGAGUCGAAUUCAGAGGAUGAAACUUCUUUCAAGUCAGAGUCUGUCCAGUCCAGCCCUUCCAACUCCAGCUCCAGCUCCGACUCCAGCUCUGACUCUGAUUUCGAGCCAUCUCAGAACCACAGUCAAGGCCCGCUGCGCUCGAUGGUGGAAGAUCUGCAGUCAGAGGAGUCAGAUGAUGAUGACAGCUCCUCUGGAGAAGAGGCAGCAGUCAAAGCAAACCCAGUCAGCCGGGAUUCCAGACUGAGCCUUAGUGACAGCGACAGUGAUAACAGUGCAGAUUCCUGCCUGCCGAGUCGAGAGCCACCUCCUGGCCAGAAACUGCCCCCAGCAAAUAACAAGGCAUCUGGAAGAAAAAGCCCAGAGUCCUGUAACAAGCCAGAGAAGAUCCUGAAGAAGGGAACAUACGACAAGGCCUACACUGAUGAAUUAGUGGAGCUUCACAGGCGACUAAUGGCACUACGAGAGCGCAAUGUGCUACAGCAGAUUGUAAAUCUCAUUGAGGAAACCGGGCAUUUUAAUGUUACCAACACAACCUUUGACUUUGACCUCUUCUCCUUGGAUGAGACAACCGUCCGUAAGCUGCAGAGCUACUUGGAAGCAGUAGCGACAUGACGCUUGGCCUUAGAAGUAGGCUGCUUUUGAAACCAGAAAUCCCGUUUAUUGGUACCAGGAAACGAACCCAUGGAACUAGGCCUUCUUAUUCUCUCGAUUCACCCGAAGCACUGCCUUAGAGAACAGCCAUGCUCGAUGAAUGCACAGCCAGCUGCACUUUCUUGUAGGCUUCAAACAAGCACCCAUAUUGCUGAGUCUGUCCUCCCUAGCUUCAUAAGUAUGCUUGGGCACAGGUCCUGAGUAGAGCAAAAGAUGUGCUGCACUUAGCCGCACAGUGUGAACUUUUUGGUUUUACUUCAAGCAACUGUGUUUUAAGAGCACAUUUUCAGGCGUCUCUGAGAUCUGAAGAAGUGUGGAUGAUGUUUUCUUCAUCAAAUCUAGGGACCAGCCUGCCUGCGGAGAGCUCUAGUGAGUCCCGUUCCCUCCAGCUCUGUGAAGAAGCGUUCGUGCUGUGUAAGUAAGAUUGGCUUUUACAAAGCUAGCCGAGAGACUGAUGACAGAGGAGGCCUCCCGGGGUCCUGCUGGUCUGCUGCAGAGGAAAGGGGACAGAUCCCAGUUUUGAUCACUUGCCAGUUAGUUCUGCCACGGUUCGGUACAGAGCACUGCUGUAAUUUGGCUCCCGAUUCCUACAGGGCAUCGUUCCACGCGCAGGACCUUCAGCCUCCUGCAGCGACAGUUUGUGCUCUUUGAAGAGGCCUCUAGAAUCUGCUGUCUCCUGCUGGGGUUUUGAGAUGUCUUGUUUGUUGAUCUGAGCUCCUAAACAAAGUCUCACUCCUUUCAGUCUGCUUUAACUGUAAUAGGACUACGAAACUGUAAGCUGUAUAUUUUAUAUAUAUAUUAUAUAUAUGUAUGUACUGUAUGUAUAAGAAGGGCCUAGUUGGGUCUUAUGAUCUUAAGGGUGUGUUUUUCUGUUAUGUUUUUUAAUGGCUAUGGCAGGGGAAGGGCGCUUAAUAAGAUUUGACUUGUUUGUUAAAAUGCCUCUUGUGGACAAUUUCUAGUUUGUGGAAGCUGAACAGCAAUCUUCAAAGCAUUUCGUGCUCUGGAAGGGGCUCACCUGUCGUCUUCUCAUUUGUCAGUGUUUAAUAACUUUGCCAAAAUACGUGAUUGGUUUUGUUCUAUGUUCUCAAAGAGGAAUCUCCUACAGUGGCCCCUAUAGUAGUGGCUGUACUUUGGGAAAACCAAAACAAGGGAGAAUUUUUAUCUUUGGACGCACCUGGAAAACGCUGAUGUAAAAAACCAAGUGAAGUCAGGUUUGCUUCCUCCUCCCUUUCUCGCCCUGCUGCCUGGCCAAGAAGCAGCAGGAAACAGUAAACACUAAUCCGGAAUCUUUCCUACGUUCCUAGUUAAAACUAGUAUUGACUUCCACGUGUUGUCUAGGUGGGUGUGACGGAAGUCCCAUAGCUUUCAUCAAGACUGCAUUACACUCCCGUUCCCUAAAUUCAGUCAGGGGUUGGUUUUUGUGUGGGUUUUUUUUUUCUCUCUCUCUCUUUUUUUUUUUUUUUUUUUUUUUUUUAAGAAUUGCUCGGUUUCCCCAAUCAGUGUGUAAGCUUUUGCCAAAUGUUCAGUGGGCUGCAGGCAGCGAGGAGGGGAGCAGCAGUCCCGAGGAGCCUCCUGCUCGUGAGCGGCCCUCCGUACCUGUGAAAGCCCGGUGUGGGAGCAGGGGGGUUGCAUCACGCCAGGGUUUGCUGUCCCUUCUCCAUUACGAAAUUGCGGUCCCUUGUUUUGGGUUAUCCCUUUCUUUAUCAUGGAAAUGUUGCAACUAAUCAACUUAAGUGGCAAUAUGAUGAUAAGCUUGUUUGAGUUGGGUCAUGUUGACCCGAUUCCCAUUAAUUUUGUCUUUGUACCAUCUUUCAUGUGUCGUGUGUGUGUGUAUAUAUAUAUAUAAAAAAAAAAAUCAAGCUCAUGCCAGGUGCAAACCCUGUCUCGACAGUGAUCUCAGCUGUUUUCUUUCUUGAUGGACAAUGCCAAGCCUGGAUAGAAAUCCUGUGCAAAAAUGUACACUGAGAAGGUGGAGGACAGUGGGAAGAGGAGGAGGAGCUGCAGUUCUGUCCUGGUUGGCAGUGGGAUGCACAGCGGUGGAGGACGGAGGACGGCAGACGCAGCCCACGAGUGUCACAGACUCGCCCGUGUUCUGCGUUAGGUGUGGUGGGUACGUGCAAGCUACUCACGGUCUCUGUUGGGCCUGUGGCGUGGAGGAGGCAAGCCUUGUGCGGUCACUACAGCCCCAACCUCUGCUCCCUGGGCGUGCAGGGGCCCCUGGCACGUGGUGCCUCAUGUCCGCUGCCCCCAGUGAAGCAGGGGCGUUGGUGAUGUGGUCCCCGAAGCAGUAGGAGCGGCGGUGGUAGCCAGCCUGAGCCCAAGAUCUCCCGAGGUCUUUGCCUCCUCUUUCCACCCGGGCGACCUGCUCCCACAGCUAUUGCAUCGGUCUCGCCCAUCCUGGCAGCACUUCAUUUCUCCUGGGACUCUCAGUAGCUUCCAGAGUCACCCACGAGGGAUUGGAGGUGCCACCUCCCUUCUGCCCCCUUCUCCUGUAACGCUCCGAACGGUCGCGCUGCUCCCAGCCAGUCCAAGAACACGCGUGGGAGGGUGUUCCUGAACUCUGCUGGAAGGGGCCGCCCGCGGCCGUGGCAUCACCUGUCCUGGAACCGACUUUAUUCGUGAAGUCUAAUGAGCAUUGAUAAGAAUUUUGUUUGGUUUUUAUAAGAAGUAUUUUACACAUGGAUUUUUUUAGACUGUUUAUAGUCUCCUUGAAAACCUGAAAUAGGAUUGUUCCCCCAGCAAUAGUUCUUUUCCAUUGUGUGCACAUGCUGAUUUGUUACUAAAAGGUUUCUUGCAAGUACUUAGUUGUUCUACAGAGUUGUUGUUUUUUGGGGUAUGUGGUAGCGUCGGGGACCACAGGAGGAAUGACUCUGCAAAAAAGAACGGUCAUGUUUGGGCCUCGUCUUGUGUCCCCCUCUAGUUACAUAUGAACGAGUUCCCUGUGUAGAUUCUCUAUAGGCUGGCUGAAUGCUGUUCUGAACAUGCCGUGUACAGGUAUUUGUGGAUAAAGUGUUUGUUCUUGUGUCACUCUUGAGAGCAUGGAUGGAUUAUUGUACUCUAGGAAGGAGGUGGCAGUGCUGCUGUCAGCAUUGCUUCAGGUCUUCGAGGAUGUGUAGUAGCUUGCGUUGUUAAAAAAAGGAAAAAAAAAAAUUAUCCAAAAUUGACUUCUAGCCAUAAUGGUUUUUCCAAGGAAAAUGGACAGAACUCUGUUACUUUUCAGUGUCCUUCAUCUUGUUACUGAAGGCGUGAACAAGUGCUGAGCAGCCUGAAGGCUUUCAGAGUCGCGCUGAAUUGAGUCGUGUUGGAGGUGAGAUCAGGAUACAGCUUCUCCUUUGUCCUUGGCCUUUGUAUUAAAGGGCAAAAGAGGGGUCAGGAGUGUUUUCCUGCUGUCUUGGUCUGCGUAUGUAUUAAGCCUUGAGGCUUUGAUUACUGACAUUUACUGUUAAAAAGAAAAAAAAAAUGAAAAAAGAAAAAAAAGGGAUAGUAAGGCUGGCUGGAUUCCAACAGACCAGCUGAGGAGUAUUGGACACGUAGGUAACGAGACUGGCUGUGCUGCGGUCAGGCUGAAUACAUGGAAGUGCAAUGAUUUUGCCACCAGUUCUAUUGCAGUGUGCGGUGGUAGCAUCAGAACUAGCAAAGCAAUUGAUGCAACAAUCCAGAAGCAGUUUUUGUCAGAUCUUGAAGGUAUUUGAUGGUGAGAGAGGUUGAAACUUCCCUUACGGAGCUUGCCCCGUCACGUUCUCUGCAAGCAGAGACCCGAGUUGCUCUGGUUCUGCAAAAUUUCAGCUGCCAUGUUGGCGAAUGCACUGGAGCAUGGUGGGGAUACUGGGAGCUUCUCUCUCCUGGCCCCAGCGCCUGGCACUCACUGGCUGGAGCGCUGCUGGCGCCAGCCCUUGUGCACCUUGCACGAGUAUUACUUCCAAAACAAGGAAAUUGAUCGGUGUUGCUUUCCCCGGGGGCGCGAAAUAGCCAUCAAAAACUGACAAGAUGAGUUUGCACUCCUAAAAGAAAAAUGUAAGUACUUCAACUUCUAGAUAAUUUUUAAUUGUAUUUCUGCCUAGAGCCGAGGUAUUAAAUACCUUGUCACUUGAGGAUUUUAAAAGUUGUGUUGGGAAAUGAAUUCUUCACUCAGCUGUAAGAAAUUCAGCUGGCCCAAGACUAACUUCAAGAUUAAAAAAAAAAAAUAAUCAUGUUUGUAAUACGUUACAGGAUUGUUUGUCCUGAAUUUUAAACUUUUUGUUAAAUUUGUGGAACUAUGGAGGAAUUUUCUAGAAAAAGUGAAAUAAAGAUGGAAAAGUAAAACUGCAA